UUUCCUCUCCACCUCCAACGAGGCGGUUUAUAAGGUGUUCAACGAGACCGCGUGCCAGUUUUCGGGGCAGACCUGCAAACCGGAGACCUUCAACAGCAGCAACGUCACCAAGCUGUGCCCCGACGCCCAGUGCCUCUUCGCGUUCUACGGGGGCGAGACGGCGUACCACAAGUACCUCAUCAUCCUCCAGUUCUUCAACGUCUUCAUGUUCUUCUGGCUCGCCAACUUCGUCAUCGCGCUGGGCCAGGUGACUCUGGCGGGGGCCUUCGCCUCGUACUAUUGGGCCUUCAAGAAACCCGACGACUUGCCCGCCUUCCCCCUCUUCUCCGCCUUCGGCCGCGCGCUCCGGUACCACACCGGCUCGCUCGCCUUUGGCUCCCUGAUCCUCGCCAUCAUCCAGGUCAUCAGGGUCAUUCUGGAGUAUCUGGACCACAGGUUGAAAGCUGCCGAUAACAAGUUUGCCAAGUUCCUCCUGAGCUGCUUGAAAUGCUGCUUCUGGUGCCUGGAAAAAUUCAUCAAAUUCCUCAACAGGAACGCGUACAUCAUGAUGGCCAUCUACGGCACCAACUUCUGCACCUCCGCCAGGAACGCGUUCUCGCUGCUGAUGAGGAACAUCAUCAGGGUGGCCGUUUUAGAUAAAGUCACGGAUUUCCUCUUCUUCCUCGGUAAACUCCUCAUCGUGGGAAGCGUCGGAAUCCUCGCCUUCUUUUUCUUCACCCAGCGCAUUAAGCUGGUCCAAGACACCGCGCCGCCCCUCAAUUACUACUGGGUCCCUAUUCUGACGGUGAUCGUGGGCUCCUACCUCAUCGCCCACGGGUUCUUCAGCGUGUACGGCAUGUGUGUGGACACCCUCUUCCUCUGCUUCUUGGAGGACCUGGAGCGGAACGACGGCUCGGCCGAAAAGCCUUACUUCAUGUCGCCCGACCUGAAAAAGCUCCUGAAGAAGACGAACAAAAGCCAGACGGAUGCUUAA